AUGACUGACACGAAUCGAAUCCCCUUUCCGAAAAGCCACCCUGACAAUGCCAAUCUACCAACAGCCAAUCAGCCGGCAACACUGCUGGCGAUAACGAUUUCGUUUCUGUCGGUUGCUGUUCUUGCUAUAAGCCUGCGAUUAUGGGUGCGAAUUCGAGACAGGCUGUGGGGAUGGGAUGAUGCUUUUGUACUAUUUGCUGGCACUGCCAGCCUCAUUGGCGAUGUCCUGGUGUGUUUGAUGCCGGGAGAUGGACUGGGUCUACAUCUCUGGACGCUUGACAAAGAACAUCUCAUGUCAUACUUCAAGCACAUAUACACCACGAAUACCGUCUACUGCGCAAGUGCUACCUUUAUCAAACUUUCUAUUCUCUUUCAAUAUUUGCGCCUUUUUGCGGAACACGCUUCUCCAACGAAUAUCGCCCCCUAUCGCCUCGCCCGUCGACUCACCUGGUCCCUCAUUGUUUUCAUCUCUUUGUGGGGAUUGACAUUCUCUCUCCUUGCGCUCUUCUCCUGCAACCCCGUAGCUAAGAACUGGGACGCUUCCCUCGCAGGCAAGUGCAUCGGUUGGGGCACCAAAAAGCCUGAAAAGUUCUUUGCCAUGUUCUUGGGUCACUCCGUAAGCAACAUGCUGCUGGAUGUCAUAGUGCUAGCCUUGCCCGUUCCCUUUCUAAGCACGUUGAGGCUUGCGGGGAAGAGUAAGGCGGGCCUGAUUACGCUGUUCACACUGGGCUGCAUAGUCGGCGCAGUAGCUGUUGGCCGCAUGGUCGCCCUUUCCUUCAACCGCGCGGGCACAGUUCCCAUCCUGGAUAUGUCGUACCACACACCUAUUGUCUACGUCUUCGCUGUUCUCGAAGUCAACAUUGCCAUCAUCGCGGCCUCGGUCCCCAUCUUCUGGCCAGCCAUUAUGACAUUAGCCGCCAACAAAAUCUUCGUUGUCAACGAGAUCGAGAUCCACGUUGAGGAAGCUUCGAGAAACAGUUUUGACUCGCGACAGGGCAUUGGCCUCGUCGACCAAGCUGCUUGGAAUAAAGAUGAUAGGAAAGAUGGGCUUGGAAAGCGGACAAGCAAAAUGAAUGUCGUAGCGAGGACGUAUGAUCGGACGACUUCUCGAUGUCAUCAGCAUAAGCAGAGUAAUGCGUCUUCGCUUGGCCGGCCUAGGGGCGCCGACUUUGGGCCUCGCUCAAGUCAAGAUUCGCAGCGAUGUCUGCAUCAGACUGCGACGAAUGACCAUGGAAGCUCGAGGGGGAGCUUGACAAGGAGCGAGUGGGGUGACUGGUUUCUCGAGGCGGAUAAAGAUGUUGCUGGCGGCAGGACCACAACGACGGUGGAGAGGACGGAGAUUCCGUUUGAGCAUAUAAAAGCUUUUGAUAAUAGGCAGGGACGGUUAUGA